UGAGCAUUGUAAGAUACGACAGGAAGGGUAGUGGCAUCCUGCUACGUAGUACUGACAGGUAGUAGUAGUACUUUCGGCGUCCCUUACUAGUUACUUACUCUACUAAGUAGCAGAUAUUUACUGAAUAGCAGAUAUGAAAGGGGGUACCAGCCAUUCAGCGCCCCAUGCCCAGUGGCCUGAGAAUCAUAUCUCUGGUGGUUCCCAUGGUCCCAGUGGUUGCUGGACUAAACCACACAGGGUAUGUAGAUAUCGAUCGAACCGACCGUUGUCUGGAAUCCAGAAAUUAGUUCGCCUGUCGUGGGAAUGAUGGGCCAGAUAAUGCGGACCAGCCCCUUUUGCCGUGACCAAUGUGAUCUCUGCUUGACCCUAGUGGCUCUCUUUUCCCUAACCCCCCUUGGAUAUUGGGACUGUUCAACCCCUGGUUCCGCCCUGCUCAAUCUCGUGGUUCUCG